GCCCUUCCUCUCGGUCCAUCAGGCCAAUUGCAGCAGCUCAUGCUGAAUUCCUUCUUUUGCCGCUAAAACUAAACUCGCUCCAGCUUCUGCCCUUCCAAGCUGCCUCUAUGUUUUGAUAAAAAAUAUCAAGAAAACACAGCUGAAAAUGGGAAUCUCAGGACUGCUGCAAUUCAUCAAAGAUGCUGCAGAGCCCAUCAACGUGAAACAAUACAAAGGCCAGACCGUGGCUGUGGACACAUACUGUUGGCUGCAUAAAGGAGCUUUUUCAUGUGCUGAGAAGCUUGCUAAAGGAGAACCAACUGAUCAGUAUGUGCGGUACUGCAUGAGAUUUGUGGACAUGCUGUUGACCUUCAGUGUCAAACCAAUUCUGGUGUUUGACGGACGCAAUCUGCCUUCAAAACGAGAAGUGGAAAAGGCUCGCAGAGAGCGCAGAGAAAGCAACCUUCAGAAAGGCCGACAGCUACUACGUGAAGGCAAACUUUCUGAGGCCAGAGACUGUUUCACCCGCUGUGUGAACAUCACCCCAGCCAUGGCUCAUAAUCUUAUUAAGGCUGCAAGGGCGAGAGGAGUGGACUGUGUUGUGGCUCCAUAUGAAGCUGAUGCUCAGUUAGCUUACCUCACUAAAUGUGGUUUGGCCCAGGCUGUCAUCACAGAAGACUCUGACCUGCUGGCAUUCGGCUGCAAGAAGGUGAUCCUCAAAAUGGACAAGCAGGGCAACGGCCUGGAGAUAGACCAAAGCAACAUGGGCCGCUGUCGCUCUCUGGGGAACGUUUUCACAGAGGAGAAGUUUCGCUACAUGUGCAUCCUCUCCGGAUGUGAUUAUCUGGCCUCCUUACAUGGCAUCGGCCUAGGCAAGGCCUGCAAACUGCUCCGACUGGCCAAAGACCCUGAUGUCCUCAAGGUGAUCAGAAAGAUUGGACAGUACCUGAAGAUGAAUAUAGUCGUCCCUGAACAAUACAUCGAGGGAUUCAUCAGAGCCAAUAACACCUUCCUCUACCAGCUGGUGUUUGAUCCUGUCGGGAGGAAGGUUGUUCCCCUCAACCCGUACCCAGAGCACAUGGACCCAGCCACCCUCAGCUACGCUGGACUUAAUCUGGGAGAUGAGAAAGGUUUGCAGAUGGCCUUAGGAAACCUUGACAUCAACAGCAUGGAGAGGAUAGACGACUUCAGGCCAGACAAACCUGUUCCACAGCUUUCUAAACCCCGCAGUCGCAGCUGGAACGACUCACCAGCCCCCACUGGGCCCAGUAUCUGGAGUGGAGGCUUAAAGUCAGCAUCUGUUGCCCCGUCCCGGCCUGCUGCCUCCCCAGAUAGGCCUCCCUCCACCAGGGGGAAGGAAAGAAUCAUCAGCCUGGUCGGUGUGAGGCUGUCCUGCAGAGAGCUGCAGGUGAAGAGACCACGAGAAGACUCUAGUGUAUCAGACCAGGAUGUGCUGCAGCAGUACUCGUCCUCCAGUCAGAAGCGAUCCAGGUCAGACCAGCUUCCAGAGAAGCCAACAAUAACCAGCCAGCCCCGGCCACGCAACCGCUUCGCCACCCUGCUUCAGAGGCGGAACCAGGAAUCUGAGGAGAACAGCCAGGGCACAUGCAGCAGAUUCUUCAACAGUUGUAGUUCAGCAGCCAGUCUGAGCAUGAAGGAGUCUGCUCAGGAGGAUUUACCUCAGGAUGUGGAGCCCAGAGCUGUGAUUGCCAUUCAUGUCAAUUCUCCCAGCAACCAGACCAAUGACAGCGAUGGUCCUGACAUUCCAUCUGUAGACACCCCCAGCCCGCCUCCAUCACCUCGCACCACAUCUCCCAGUUCAGCCAGUCAGGGCCUCAUGCUGUUUCAGUGUUCAGGCAGCUCCUCCUCAACUGAACAAUCAAGAACACCAACGUCAACUGCAAGCCUGGCCGCCCUGAAACAGUUUCAGUACAAGAAGGAGAGUUCUUCCUCGUCCACAAAGACCCACAGACCCUACAGUGACAUGUCACCUCAUUCAUCCACUGACCCAGAGGAAAAGGAUGACCUCCCAGAUUCCCCUCCUUCCCAAGACAGCGCCUACUUCUCUCAGUCUCAGCCAUACCUCACUUCCUGCCACAAAGAGGAAGUCCUCACCUACAACUUCUCCUCUUCCUACCACGAGGAUGCUGCUUCUGAAAUGAAUUCAAGUAAAGAUUCUGAGCCAGAGCAAAGUCCUACACAUUCAACAGAAGCAGAUAAGAAACCUGGCACGCUGAGAUCAAAGGUUUCAGGCCUGUCAAAGCCGAAGUCCAGCAGCCAGGGUCUAGCGGCAAAGGUGCGACCGUUAGGCCCCGCCAGGGCCAGUGGACUGAGGAAAAAGUCUGGUUCUGUCAAGAAAACCUCUUCCUCCAAUAAUGAAAACAACCCUGGUGUCCAGGCCACCAUCAGCAGCCUCUGGCAGAACUUCAGCUUCAAAAAAGAUUCCCAGAAGAUGACUGCCUGUAAGAAAGGAGAGCCGAUGUCUCCCGUCAAAGACAACCUGCCAGCAGGCUCACCUCAGACGGACAUGAACUUUAUCAGCAGCUUCUGAGAGAUGCUCUUUGUGGUAGUGAAGCUUUUAAUUUAUACCAUGUGUGUUUAUGAUUUCUCAUCAACCUGUAUUUCUUAAUGUAUAGCUUUAAAUAAAGCAACUGUCUUCUGAUACAAUUGUA